GUUACAGCAGAGACCGAGACAGAUACAGUCUCACAGUCUGUCCACAGUGUUAAAUAACCCUGCUACGCUUAGAAAAAAAACAUUAUAACAUAACACCUUCUGGAUUACCAUUUCCAUAUUCCUUUAACAAGAAGAUACAGGAAUAUUUUUCCUUUUCUUUGGUUUUCUCAGCCUUUUGUGCCUGAACUGCCACCAAGGAAACAGGAACAACAGAGGAGGAGAAGACAGACAGACAAAUAGAAAGCUAUAGAUCAGCCUGAGAGAGACGGAUGUGUACUGAAGAUGAGUCCGGCUUUAGAAGCGCUGAUAAAGGGGUGUAGAUACCCAGGGAAAGGAGAAAUGAAGGGAGGAGUGAUGUUGGAACCAUUUGUCCAUCAAGUCGGCGGCCACUCUUGUGUACUGCGGUUUGGGGAACAGACCAUCUGUAAACCACUAAUACCCAGAGAACACCAGUUUUACAAGAGCCUGCCACCCGAGAUCCGCAAAUUCACGCCACAGUACAAAGGUGUGGUGUCGGUGAGUUUUGAGGAAGAUGAGGAGGGGAAUCUGUGUUUGAUAGCAUACCCACUCCACAGUGAUCCAGCUGAUUUGGAAAACAAAGAGCCCUCUGCUGAUGGCGAGCCCAAGAAUAAGCUCGUUAAGUGGGGGAAAAAGAAACCAUCAGGCCUAUUACCAGAAAACGAGAGAGCCAGACAGAGUCGCAAAGAGGAGAAGGGCAAAAGUAAUCGGGAUGAUAAGGCAGAGGUUUUGUACUACAGUCUGGAGAAAGGAAACGUGGUUCCUCAGAUCAAACACAACCCUUGGAGUCUGCAGUGUCACCAGCAGCACCUACAGAGGAUGAAGGAGAACUCCAAACACAGAAACCAGCACAAAUUUAUUCUUCUGGAGAAUCUAACAUGGCGGUACCGGGUUCCAUGCGUUCUCGAUCUGAAGAUGGGAACACGUCAGCAUGGGGAUGAUGCCUCCGAGGAGAAGAAAGCAAACCAGAUUCGCAAAUGCCAACAAAGCACUUCCUCUUCUAUUGGAGUACGCCUCUGUGGCAUGCAGAUGUAUCACAGUGCUACAGGGCAGCUGAUAUUCAUGAACAAGUAUCACGGGCGUAAGCUGAGUCUGGCCGGGUUUAAAGAGGCUCUGUGCCAGUUCUUCAGUGACGGCCGAGUUCUGCGCAGAGAACUUCUGACCCCAGUGCUGCAAAGACUGAGAGAGAUGAGAGCGGUGCUGGAGGCUUGCGAGAGCUAUCGUUUCUUCUCCUCCUCUCUUCUCAUCAUCUACGACGGGGCUCCACCCCCUGCCCCAUCUAGAUCCCGGCCCUCUCGAGGAGGAGAGGAGGAAGAUGAGGAGGACGAUGAUGAAGAUGAGGAUGACGACGAUGAGGAGGGAGCCUACGGAGGGCGUCGCGAUCACUCCGGCAGCGCUUCACCAAUGGUGGACGUCCGAAUGAUCGAUUUCGCCCACACAACGUGUCGUGAUUAUGGAGAGGACGGCAUUGUUCAUGAAGGUGGAGACAGCGGCUACAUCUUCGGCCUGCAGAACCUCAUCAGCAUUCUGUCACAGCUUGAAGAGCACAGCAAUGACUAAAUGCUCGUGCAACAGCUUACUGUGCAUUUGCCAUGCCAAGGCUUACCGUGGGCAUCCUGACCAUGCCAUCAGGGUUUAAAGUUCACGCUUAGCUCGCCCUGCUAUGCUCUUUCAUAGCUCUAGCGGAGAGCAGUUAUGUAGGCGAGGGCCAAGGAAAAUCCUGAAUUCCCAGAAACCCUCCAGAGCUGAAGGGACUGAACUCUUUUGUAAUUUCUCACUGGGGUGAAGAAGUGUGGUCCUUCUCCAUGCCUGUUGUUUCUGCUCGCCCUGGAUCGCAGAUGGGCGGUAGUAGAUGAGAUUCUGUGACAUCUCAUCUGCUCGUGUAUCUUUAUUCGUUCUCUUCAUCUUUGAAUGAUAAGGGAAAUAAGCUGAUGCUUGCAUUAAAAGAGACGUUUAUAAAAAGACAUUUGCAAAAUAUGAUGUUCUACACACCUUUUAAAAAGAGGUGGGUUUGUAGCAACGGUAGCACAAUCAUAAAUUGAUAUGACAAGCAACUAAGCAACAUACAUGAAGGUGCUUUAGAAACACUAAACAGCACUCAAGGGAAGAGACUUUGCUCUUGUAGGGAAUGAUGGGUGUGUGGAAAAGGGAAUUUACAAAAUCCUUUUCACAUUCCUGAUCAUUAAAGACUUUUUCUCUUGGACAUUUUAAUAUAUUUCAGCGCCUUGGUUCCUCUUCAUUCCAUAGCCACGUGUUGAAGAUUAGCAUCCUCACUCCAGAGAUUUUAAAGAGAACCCUAUUUAUUUAUAAGAAUAUUUCUAUCAAAUGUGAAUGGAAAUGUGACAUUCCAUUCCUAGUUCUAUCAUAUGAUGUAAGUGAUAUAGGUAGAGAAAUGAUUUUUAUGUCAUGGUUUUUUUCUGUUUUUGAGAAUAUGAAACAAAAUAAAAAGAAAUGUUUUGUU